AUGAUCGUCUUUCUGACGCCCUUGAAGAAGCUCCUGAGCUGGUACACGCGCAAGAACCCCGUCAAGCUGUGGCUUGAGCUGCUGCGCAAUGCAGAGACGUUUGAGGAGUGGGAAGAGGCGGCGCUCCAUCUCGACAACCUCCUGGGGCUCGAUCUAUGGAGGAAUAAUCCAACGUCCAAGUACUACGACUGGGCGCUCAUAACAGAGCGGCUAGACUCGCUCAUCAUCGCACGAGAGGAAAACAACUACGAGCAGCUCGUCAACCUGCUCCGGUCGGGUCUCGUGCGCAACCUCGGCAACAUUGCUGUACCAAAACUAUAUAACCGAUCCUUUUCUGGGACCAAAUACUUGAUCGAGGAAUACAUUGCUCAGGUGGCCGAGUCGGUCGAGGACAUUAGCGCUCUCCCGACGAGUGCUGCUUCGAGCCUGCAUCCAAACGAAAAGGCGUUGACGAACCAGAUGAAGUUGGACUUUAUUCAUGACACGAGACAAGCGUUUGGGCGGACUACGUUGGUCCUUCAAGGCGGUGCAAUCUUUGGUCUGUGCCAUCUCGGAGUUGUCAAGGCCCUGUUUCUUAGAGGCUUGCUCCCGCGAAUCAUCACUGGCACAGCAACUGGUGCAUUGAUAGCUGCGCUGGUAGCGAUACACACGGAGGAAGAGCUUCCAGGCGUUCUCCGGGGUGAUGGUAUCGAUCUCAGCGCCUUUGCGUCCAAGGGAACUACAGAAGAUGGCCAAAUCCCUGCCGAGCAAUCCCUGAAGUCGAGAUGGGAGACUCUUUUACGGAGGAUUCGACGGUUCUCGCGAGAAGGUUACUUCCUGGAUGUCACCGUGCUCGAAGAUUGUGUAAGAGCAAAUGUUGGCGACUUGACAUUUGAAGAGGCGUACAAUCGUAGCAAGAGAGUGCUCAACAUAACGGUGGCUACGGAUGGUCUAGGGGCAGGGGUCCCAACUCUCCUGAACUACAUCACCGCCCCGAACGUGUUGAUUUGGACGGCUGCAGUCGCCUCCAAUGCCUCUUCCCCAUCCCUAUAUGGCCGCUCAAAAGCUACAAUCUUGUGUAAAGAUGCUCACGGCAACAUUGUUCCCUGGGCUCCAGCAAACACGACCGAUUUCCGUCAUUGGACGCAUGCUUCCUACACAGACCGCGACUCUCCCCUUCGACGAAUUGCCGAGCUCUUCAACGUGAAUCACUUCAUCGUCAGCCAGGCAAGGCCUUAUCUUAUUCCCUUCUUACAGUCCGACAUGCACGGGCCGUCUUUACUGGAGACACGAAGCAAGUCCACACAACUCUCAGCUUUCCUCGUUCGAGUGGUGGGGCUUGAAAUCAGACAUCGUUUGCGGCAACUAGAUUCACUUCGUCUUCUACCGGCAAGCAUUCGUCGUUUCCUUGUUGACGAGCAAGUGCCGGCGGCAUCGAUGACGUUAGUCCCAGAAGUGACUGCUGGCGAUUUCGUUCGCUUGCUCGAGACGCCCACACGGGAUACCUUGAACUACUGGAUUUUACGUGGCGAGAGGAGCGUUUGGCCGGCAUUGGCGGCGCUGAGGAUACGAUGUGCUGUGGAAAACGAAUUGGAUCGAUCAUAUCAAGUGGUGCGGAAGCUCAAAGCAGGAGACCUGCGGCGUAAGGGAAGCAUGGCGGCGUUUGCCGAUAAUGGGCGUUCCGAUAAUGGGCGUUAG